GCAUUUUCAUUGGGUGUUCGUUCGUGGUGUCAUCAGAACAUACAACAAUAAUGGCCGACCAACUAGGUUGGUCGCUCGGAGCUGAUGGUUUUCCAGACUUAGGACCUGAUUUCCUGAGCCCAAAUUCGUUUGACAACAACAAUAUUGAUGAUAUAGAUGAUAUUGUGAAGUACAUUUGUCCGGAUGGACCAGGGGCAGCCGAUGUGUUCGACAGUGCUCCAGAAACAAAUGCAGCAGAUCUGUUACUGCAAGACCCACAGCUACAUAAUGCAGGAAUUAUUGACAUUAAAGACGAACCUUCUGACUUCGAACUGGGUGAACAACUGUUGUUAUCACAUGUGCAACAACAGGUCAAAUCAGACCCUAAUCCAUUUUCACUGACCUCAGAAUCUCUGUUGAACACCUUACAGAACAGCAAUACUCAACCAGCCUUGGAUUUGAACCCAACAUUAAGUAGUGCUCAGCAGUUGCAACAAGCUGCCCUGAAACUUCAGGCAGCUGCAGCACAAAGACAGAAUCAACAAAAGCAGAUACAGUUGCUUCAGUUAUUGCAGCAGUAUCAGCAACAACAACAGCAACAACAGCAGCAGCAACAACAACAACAACAACAGAAAAUUACCUUGACAACAGAUCAGUUAAAACUGCUACUUUUAGAGUAUCAGAAUAGACAGAACACUCCAGUGGUGCAGCAACAACAGCCACAGCCACAGGUUCAGCAGCAAGGCAGCAAUGGUGGACUUACAGUACAGCAGCUGCAACAGUUGUUACAACUGCAGAAUCAGUUGAAGUCUAGUAGUAGUGGAAGUCAGCUGCAAGUGUCUGGUGUAGGAUCUCCAGUGCAAGUAUCCAGUCCGAUCUCCAUCCAGAAUGCCCCAUCACCAUCCUCAUUACAGAUCAGUUCAUCACCAACAUAUGUCCAGACACCAUCGCCAAUACAGAUACAAACUAAUCCUGGUCCGGCCUCAUCACCUGUUCAGAUUCAUACCCAACAGGUUGCCAAAACUUCAACAGUUCGACCCAUUCAGAACAUUGUGUCUAGUGGCAGUACUAUUGUUACCACAAAUAUUCCCAUUCAGAUGGUUGAAAGAACCAAUGAAAAGGUGCCUAUAAAUAGACUGAGCCAGGUAAAGAGUGAGGGAAAGCCUGUAAAGGGAGAGAAGCGAACAUCUCAUAAUGCAAUAGAAAAGCGUUACAGACUGAGCAUCAAUGACAAAAUUACAGAACUGAAAGAUUUGGUGGCUGGUACAGAAGCUAAGUUGAACAAGUCGGCAAUAUUGAGGAAAGCAAUAGACUACAUCCGCUACCUGCUCAGUCAAAAUGAGCGGUUGAAGAGAGAAAAUCUACAAUUGAAAAUGGCAGCUAAGAAACAAAAUUUGCAAGAGUUACUGUUGUUAUCCAAGGACACAACAGAAGACCUUGGUAUGAUGACUCCUCCCGGUUCUGACAUGAGCAGUGAUAGUGAUUCCUCCCCGGGCAGUCCAGUCUAUGAUGAAAUGGAUUCACAGUCCAGCUUCUCCACCAAUGGUAUGGCUGACAAGACUAGAUUCACUUUAUGUGUAUUUAUGUUGGGUGUUCUGGCAUUUAAUCCAUUUGGUGCGAUAUUUGAGGCCAGUGGUGUGCCAGGCUCAGCAUCAUACCAGUCUGGCUUUGCUGGCAGACAGCUGCACGGAAUUGAAGAAGUGUCAACAGGAUCUUCGUCAUUGUGGAAUUCUGGGCUUAUCCCCACGUUGUUGCUAUGGUUACUGAAUGGUGUGAUAGUUGCUGUUGUGUUAGCAAGGUUGUUUAUCUUUGGGGAACCAGUUACCAAUAAAAACAGUGAAGCUUCUACAGCCUAUUGGAGACACAGGAACCAGGCAGAACAGGACUCGGCAAGGGGAGACUAUUCAGCAGCUGCAAACCAGUGGAGACAAGCAUUACAGACUCUUGGACGACCUUUACCAACCUCCAAACUGGACCUGGUUGCUAGCUUGAUAUGGCAGGUUUUCAGACAGAUAUUUCACAAGAUAUACAUUGGACGUUGGUUGUUCUGUCGUGCUGGGGGUAUCAGAAAAAGGACCGUAGAGCCAUCUGAUGUGAAGAAUUCAGCUAGAGAUGCUGCCAUAGCCUAUUUCAAGCUACAUCAACUUCAUUUAGCUGGUCUGAUACCUGGAAGUAGCAUGUGGGGAUUGAACCUUGGAUUAUGUUCAGUCAACCUAGCAGAGGCAGCUGGUGAGUCAGUAUCAGGGGCAACACAGGCAGAGAUCUACAUCUCAACAGCUCUCAGGGUUACAGCUGGAAAACUCAAGUUCAUGGCUAGAUAUUUCCUGAGCUGUGCAAGAUACACUAUGUCGCACAGUGUAGAUCAAAUUCCAGCUAGCGUGCAGUGGCUGUGCCACCCUGAAGGACACAGAUUCUUUGUGGACCAAGAUUGGAAACUUGGCUGCAAGAGUAGCAUUUUCACCACAUGCCCUUCAGAAGCUGACCCAUUAGCGCAGGUGACUCAGCAGUUUAGAGAGCACCUGUUGGAUAGAUCACUGUAUACAUUGGUAACCCCUGGCAACAGAUCAUUAGAUGGUGGUUCACAGGCGUCAGAGAUCAUACUGUAUACACAGCUCCUCACUGAGGCCUCCUCUCUCGGGAUUAAAGAUGGAGUUUCUAAUCUGUCAGCCUUGGAAGUACCAGAAAUGGAUGAGGCCUCUGCAUGGUGGGCAGCAGUUGUAUCAGUGGCUGUGUACUGGUUGAUAGGUGAUGAUGAAAAUGCUGAGCGUAGUUUUCCGAUGGUCGACUCAUUCCCAAAGAAACUACAACAGUCUGAUGACCCUCUGCCAAAGUCAGUGUUAGUGGCUUUUAGAGCAAGAAGAAAUUUCCUAGGAAACAGCCAUGGUUCAAACUUGUACUCUGUAAUCAGACAGUGUGACAGGGCUGGCCGUCUUCUCAGAGAGAGUCUUAAACUGUCUUAUACCAGUGAGAAUGCAGAUAUUACACAGGCUAUACAGUUGCUGGUUUGUGAUUGGUUACUGGCUACAAGGACGGAGAUCUGGGAGAAAGAACAGAGCAGUGGAGAGAGAGACAAUGCCUCUCAGACAGAACUGAUAGCAUUCCAGCAAGACCUUACCAGUCUCAGAAAGUUGGCACAAGAUAAUAAAUCUGCAUUACCCAGGGUGUUUUUACAUGAGGCUACAGGCCGCAUGAUGGCUGGAGCCAACCCAGCCCGCACACAACAGUUGUUGGACAGAAGUAUUAUUAGAAGAAGAAUAUCUCGGGAAGAAAAAGAGUUGUCAGAAGAUUCUGACAGUGAGACACCAGAUAGAGAACAGGCCACUGCUCUAUUGAUGGCUGGACGUCAUCUGCCAGAGUCCCUCAUGGCAGGUCCUGGGGACCGUGCAACGCUCAUAUCAGAGGCUAGCCGUCUUUAUGAAGUUUUGGGUGAUAAAAAAUCUGUACAGAGUUGUAGACGGACUUUGAUGUUGUUAGAAGAGAAGAGCCAUGUACAAAGUGCAACUGUUCAGUGUUGAUUGUUGAAUUAUUGACUUUAUACAUGCGUGAUGAAAAAAAACUGCAUUGAAAGAAUGGAAAAAAACCUGUUAAAAGUUGUAUUUUUGUAGUUGAGAAUGUAUGUUUCAUGCGUGUAUUUAUUUAAGGUUGAAAUUUUGAACGUUUGGGAGGUGAAUCCUGUGAAAUACUAUUUUCAUGGCAAUGCUUUUUCAGAACAGUUGCGUUUUUCUUGAUGAAUUAAAGUGUUAAUUAAAGUCAUGUAAGGCCUGCCUAUUUAAGAUGUCAAAUGUCUGAAAUUCAGAAGAAUGUUUUGUUAGAUUUAUAUUAGAUUGUCAUUAUUUGUUCAUUUUUUGUCUCUUCAUAUAAAAAUGUUGCAGAAUAAAAAUGUAAAUUGAGAAUGUGAAAA